UCAGGUCAAGAAGCCGACUUACGAGUCUGUCAACCAUGAUGUGAUAGAGUUGACAUCCGACUCCAACCUCGACGAACUAUCACUCAAGCAUCCACGCAAGCGGCAGAAAUCCCAAGACAAGCCCGUCAAGUCCAAGCCGAGACCCAGGCCUAAACCGAAGCCUAAAGCUAGGACAUCACCUUCACCGAAGGUUCCUGAAUAAGGCAUCGUCGAUACUCAGCCGAGCAACAUUGUGGUUAUUCUUGCACCGCAAGAGCCAGCGCUUCCGUCUCGACUAUAUUUUGCAACAUCACGCCUCCCGUCUUCUAUUCCUGCUUUACCCGAUUUGUCUUCUCCGCCCUCUUCUCCACCCAAGAUAACUCGUAAACGGAAGAAGGUUUACCCGCUUCAGUCAGAGGUUUCAUGGCGAAGAUAUGGAUGUAGAUGUCCUCGAUGCUUCGUCGUCCUCUAUUAAAGCACCUCCUCUGUUCUCUGCACAAUUGUCGCCCGUCGUCCCAGAAAUCGACAAUUUGCACACACUUGAAGAUGAAAACGGGGACGCAGACAUCAUCGUUGCUGCGAACAAGGGCAAGACAAGGGACAAAAAGUUGUCUUCUCGGGCGAAGGGGAAGAAAAAAGGUCGGAAGCAGGCUGACAGAGUCGAACUCGACGAUCUUGCACACAAAUCCCCCAUGGAUGAACCAGCUGCAGGUAAUAAUGGUCUCGAAGACGACGAUUUUGUUGAGGAAGCGGAAACGAAAGUUAUAUCGAAGAAGAAGGCACUAUCGAAACCCACCUCCGCUGCAAAAUCAAAAUCGAAACCUAAGGCAAAAGGCAGAAGGAAAGCGGUUCUCUCGGAAAGUGAAAAUGAGGACGACGGCGACGACCCUCGUUCAAGGUCACCUAACCCAAGUAGGCAUUUGCCCGAGGACGAAGACUCUCGAGACGACAAUCCCAAGGGGUCCGAAAUCAUUGUAACCCCUGAGAUAACCAAGAUUCCCCCGAAAACCAUAGCUCCCCCACCAAAGCAGACUCUGUCUGUCACUCUCCAGUCACGCGCCUUCAGCAUUAAACCUAAGUCGACCCCAAUGUCAGAGCUCAUCCGGCGUGUCAACUCACAACCAACUUCACCGUUCUCAAACGGUCCUUCCUAUUCGCUAUUGGUGAAGUCUUCGCGCACGAUACUUUCGCGGAUUGCACCGCUCCACCCCAACCGACGGACUCCUCUACCACCAUUACUGAGACCUCCUCCACCGAAGAAGAGCAAUAAGCAAAUAGAGAUGGAAGAGCGUAUCGAAGAUCUGUCGGAGACUAUUGAGGGGUGGUCGUGUAUGACUGACGAGGAGAGAAGGGACUUGCGGAGAGCAUGAAUUGAUGCUGAGUUGGGUUGUGAAUGAUUGCGAGUCGUGCCAGUGUAUCCUUAUUCCUUAUCAUACAGUUUACAUUUUUAUUACGAUGUAAUGUGCAACUUCAUGGAGAGCUUGUAUAUUAGACUCAUCAUGAUACUAUGCAAAGGACUGUAGUAAGUAUUCGGGACCCUCCAGCACAGAUCUAACAUAUGCCGUAGCAAAAGAACUCAUGCUGACGGGAUCUGGAGAAACCGGGUUUCACUCACACUAUG